GGGACUACUGGCCCCGCCCUCAGUUCCUACCCUUUGAAGGCCCGCGCUUCCCACUCUGAGGGAGUGUUUGCCGCCGCCGCGGCCGCCACCUGGAGUUUCUUCAGGCUCCAGGUUUCACUGCCAACCACGAGGCGUCCAGGGAGGAAAAGCGGAGCCAAGGUGCCAAUAACCCACACCUCCCACGCCUUUUCCAGCCCGAGAUCGCCCUGGCAGGGAUGGGCGACAAGAUCUGGCUGCCCUUCUCGGUGCUCCUCCUGGCUGCUUUGCUCGCAGUGCUGCUGCCUAGGGUGGCCGGCUUCACGCACUCCUUAGACAGCGACUUCACGUUUACCCUUCCGGCUGGCCAGCGGGAGUGUUUCUACCAGCCCAUGCCCCUGAAGGCCUCGCUGGAGAUCGAGUACCAAGUUUUAGAUGGAGCAGGAUUAGAUAUUGAUUUCCAUCUUGCUUCUCCAGAAGGAAGAACCUUAGUUUUUGAACAAAGAAAAUCAGAUGGAGUUCAUACGGUAGAGACUGAAGUUGGUGAUUACAUGUUCUGCUUUGAUAAUACAUUCAGCACCAUUUCAGAGAAGGUUAUUUUCUUUGAAUUAAUCCUGGAUAACAUGGGAGAACAGGAGCAAGAACAAGAGGACUGGAAGAAAUAUAUUACUGGCACAGAUAUGUUGGAUAUGAAACUGGAAGACAUCCUGGAAUCUAUCAACAGUAUCAAGUCCAGACUAAGCAAAAGUGGUCAUAUCCAAAAUCUGCUUAGAGCAUUUGAAGCUCGUGAUCGAAACAUACAAGAAAGCAACUUUGAUAGAGUCAAUUUCUGGUCUCUGGUUAAUUUAAUGGUAAUGGUAGUGGUGUCAGCCAUUCAGGUUUAUAUGCUGAAGAGUCUAUUUGAAGAUAAGAGGAAAAGUAGAACUUAACACUCCAAAUUAGUGUACUUACCAUUGGAAAAAAAAAAAAAACCGGAAAAAUGCAAUAAACUAUUACAGUCAAGAAAUAGUCUUUUCCAAAAUGUUUUCAGUUAUUACUAUAGUGUGAAAUAAGUGUAAUUUUAAUGUGAAAGAAAAGUCUUCACUUUCUUCUGUGCAAGUAAUCUUAUUGCUCUAGUUGUACUGACGUGUAUAACAAAUAUUUUGGAGAGUAUAACUGAAAGAAGCCAUAUUAAUAAUGGCAUUUUCCAAAGUUUAAAAAAAUUUUGCAGAUGUCAUAGGUGAUUGAUAAAUGAACUUUGGACCUAAAUGCAACACUGAACAAUGUUUUUAAAAGAUUCUCUUUCUCUUACUCAGAAGUUUCUUUGUAAAUGUGGCAAUUACAAAUUAAUUGUAGACAUUUUCAAUAUAUCAAGUUAUAAAACACCUGAGAAUUACCUAAUCAUGGAUUGAAUGUAUCUUUAGA